AUGUGGAGUUGGUCUCAAGAACAUGCACUUGGCCAAGUUCUUCUCUCACCGCAUGGAGUCUACAAGGAGCUCACUUGGAACCAUGGAACUCAAGGAAAAGAACUCCAAAGGGUUUGGGCUACAAUCGCUGAAGAGGGGUACUCUUCCUCAAGGUCCAAGGCUGCCAGAUCAGGAGCCCAGUGCUUGAGAUAUGUGCACAAGGCUCUUGCCAACACCUUCUUUGCAAGGAAAGGCCACUGGGACAAUCAAUGA